ACGCGGCAUAUAUAAAGGGCGUAUAAACACCGAGACGUUUCACUUGUGCGUAAACACAGCUCCCGGUUUUCUUGGCUGCGACUCCCUGCAACGAAAUCCAUCCAUCAUGGGUUUCUUUUCUCUGGCCGUAACUUUCCUCUGCACCGUGGUACUUCCAGUCCUGCUAUUUUUAGUAACAGUGAAAUUGUGGGAGAUUUUCAUGAUCAGGGGACGCGACUCCAGCUGUCCGCGGCCCCUUCCUCCUGGUACCAUGGGCAUACCUUUCCUAGGCGAGACUCUUCAGCUGAUUCUUCAGAGGAGGAAAUUCCUGCGGAUGAAACGCCAGAAGUAUGGAUAUAUCUACAAAACGCACCUUUUCGGUAACCCCACCGUUCGCGUGAUGGGCGCGGAUAACGUGCGCCAAAUUCUGUUGGGCGAACACAAACUUGUUGCCGUCCAGUGGCCCGCCUCCGUGAGAACCAUACUGGGCUCGGACACCCUCUCCAAUGUGCACGGAUCCCAGCAUAAGAACAAGAAAAAGGCGAUCAUGAAAGCGUUCUCCAGAGACGCGCUGGAGCAGUAUAUCCCGGUCAUUCAGGAGGAGGUGAGGAGUGCGCUGAGGGAAUGGCUGCAGCGAGACGCGUGCGUGCUGGUCUACCCCGAGAUGAAGCGACUCAUGUUCCGCAUCGCAAUGAGAAUCCUGCUCGGCUUCGAGCCUGAUCAAAUCAAGACGGACGAGCAGGAGCUGGUAGAGGCGUUUGAGGAGAUGAUCAAGAAUCUCUUCUCCCUGCCCAUCGACGUGCCGUUUAGUGGACUUUAUCGGGGACUUAAAGCUCGCAAUUUUAUUCAUUCCAAAAUCGAAGAGAACAUAAAGAAGAAACUCCAAGAGGAGGAUUCGGAGUGCAAGCACAAGGAUGCUCUUCAGUUACUGAUCGAGAACAGCAGGAAAUGUGAAGAGCCAUUCAGCAUGCAGGCAAUUAAAGAGGCGGCUACUGAGUUGCUGUUUGGUGGGCAUGAGACCACAGCCAGCACGGCCACCUCUCUGGUCAUGUUCCUUGGCCUGCAUCCAGAGGUGGUGCAGAAAGUUCGUGAAGAGCUGCAAGAGAAGGAGGAGGAAGGAGUGUACUGCCUGGAUAAGACCCCCAGUAUGGAACUGCUGGAACAACUGCAGUAUGCUGGCAGCGUCAUCAAGGAGACCCUGCGCAUCAACCCUCCUGUACCUGGGGGCUUCCGGGUGGCCCUCAAGACCUUUGAACUCAAUGGCUACCAGAUCCCUAAGGGCUGGAACGUCAUCUACAGCAUCUGCGACACACACGAUGUGGCCGACAUCUUUCCCAACAAGGAGGACUUCCAGCCGGAGCGCUUUAUGCCCAAGGCCUCCUCCGAGGACUCAUCUUCCUCCUCCUCCUCCUCCUCCUCCUCCUCCUCCUCAUCGUCCUCCCGUUUCAACUACAUCCCAUUCGGGGCCGGUUCACGCAUGUGCGUGGGCAAAGAGUUUGCGAAGGUGCUCCUCAAGAUCUUCCUGGUGGAGCUCACACAGCACUGUAACUGGACUCUGUUGAAUGGGCCUCCGACCAUGAAGACGGGGCCUACAGUCUACCCUGUGGACAAUCUCCCCACUCGCUUCAGCAGUUACAACAACAACAACAACAACAAUUAGUGGACUCCCACCUCCCCCAAAAAACCCUACUGCUCCCCUUCUCCACACCUGACCUCUGUACAUAGCCAUGUAGCAUGGAAGCUGUUGUAUAUAUCUAUAGAUGUAUUUAAAGAUGACCAUAAAAUUGCGGCGUAUUUAACAUUUUAUAUAUGAUUUUAUUAAUACAAGACAGAUGUUGUGUAUAUACGUAUAUAAAAACUCAUAUUUUUUUUAAACAAAGGGCACUACACUAUUCAUGGACCUGCAUUUCCUUUUUAUCUUCCCAUGUGUCUGUGAUGUAUAUUUUGUAAUGUAGCCAAUUUAUAUAGUGUGUUUUUUUGUAUUAUUUGCCACUUAUUUAAAUGAGACUUUAUUGUAUGCGCUUUAUUUAAUAAAAAAAACAAAACAAUGUUCA